GGCAGCUACAAAGCGAUUCAUAACUUGUCAACACCCAAUAGGCGAAACCCCCGCAUCCACUAUCCAUCUAGAAGCAAGAACUGGUUUACUUAAAGUGUAUCGGAUGUAAGCUCAUGGGAAGUAGCCCCGUCUGGCUUUCCAGUGGUUGCUGGUGGAUCUUCCUGACAGUGGUAACGUCAUCUAUUCAUAGCUUACGUUUCGCCCAAAGCCACCAUGCUGUGGUCGGCAGCCAUGGAUGGAUAGAAGUCAAGUCGGUGGUGUGGCCACAUCCGUCAUCUCUCUCCAAUCAUGGUGGACGCAAUUUAUGGGCUGGGAAAGUUCAAUGGACAGCCAUCCAUGAAGCUGCGGUGGAACAGAAUCUCAUUCUCUGAUUGGUAGCUCGCCCCGUGCGGGCUUACCC